AGAACGACGCGUGUGCCUUGUAAUAGCAAAGAUGGCGGACCCAGCAGUCGUCGGGAGCGGUUCGUUUGUUCCCGGAAUGCGAGUGUCAGGCAAUAAGGCCCCCUCCAACCCCGCAGAGAAUUACUACCUGGCUCGCCGGCGCACCCUGCAGGUGGUGGUGAGCUCCCUGCUGACAGAGGCCGGGUUCGAGUCUGCAGAAAAGGCAGCUGUGGAGUCUCUGACAGAGAUGAUUCAGAGCUAUGUCUCGGAGGUGGGGCGCUGUGCCAAGAGUUACUGCGAGCAUACAGCCCGGACGCAGCCCACGCUCCCUGAUGUGGUGGUCACACUGGUGGAGAUGGGUUUCAAUGUGGACACCCUCCCUUUUUACGCAAAGCGGUCACAGAGGAUGGUAAUCACAGCACCUCCAGUGACAAACCCUCCGAUAGCUCCCAAAGCUCUGACCGCGGGACAGAAGCGCCAGCACCCCUCCCACAUUCCCAGCCACCUCCCGGAGUUCCCCGACCCGCACACCUACAUCAAGACUCCGACGUUCCGUGAGCCCAUCUCCGAUUACCAGAUCGUGCGUGAGAAAGCAGCGUCGCAGCGCAGGGACGUGGAGCGCGCUCUCACCCGCUUCAUGGCCAAGACCGGAGAAACGCAGAGCCUGUUCAAAGAUGACAUCACCACCUUCCCACUGAUUGCGUCGCAACCCUCUAGCAUCCCAUACCUGAACGCCCUGCUCCCCUCCGAGCUGGAGCUGCAGCAGCUGGAGGAGACGGACUCCUCCGAGCAGGACGACCAGACAGACACGGAGAACACCUCGGUGAACAUCAGCAACGACGAAUCGGGUGCAGACAAGGAGAAUUCUGGGCUACCACAAGGGGGCGCUGUGCCAGCUGGUAAAGCCAGUGAGGAGAACCUGAUUGACAACCCGUACCUGAGACCCGUGAAGAAACCCAAAGUGCGCAGGAAGAAGUGACACAAGAGCCGGCACCGAACCUGCAGGGAGGAGUAGGGGCUCGGACUGGGGCUCGGACUGGGGCUCGCCGCCAUUGAGAUUCCAGGAAGCGGACAAGCCGAACGGCCUCCUCUCGCUCGUUAAUGUUCUUCUGUUUUUACCCGCGCUAGAGAAUGCCUGUCAUAGUAUUUGUGUCCCCCUGCCUUUUCCAGUGAGCGGGCUCCCUAACAGACCUGGGGCCAAGUAUAAUUACAAUUACAGUGCUAUUCAUUUACAAUUAGAAUUACAGUUACACUAAAAAGUAACAAACGGCUCCACACAUUAACAUUCUUACUCUGUUUAUUCUAAAUAACCAAGCAGUGCAUACAGGUGCAAAUACAGAAAUACACAAUAUAACAUUGAGGAGUCUGUCUCAUACCCACGCAGGUUUGCUUACGAAAAUAAAGAGUCAGUUGGGGUAACAAAGCUAAAUAAAACAGGGAUAAAAAGGAUUGUUCUGAAUAUGCUGUGUUCUGCCAUGCCUAACCCUAAUAGUUUCUGCACAUUCUGCAUUCUGUACAUACUUUUGUACUUUUUUAUGAGUUUAUUUUCUGACCCCUUUAGGAAAAUGUAAUGACCAUUUAAAACAUCUGUGUAAAUUCAUUAUGUAAUUAAAUGAAACGGUAGAAUCCCA